AUGAGUGCUAAUAUUAUCGAAAAUGAUGACUGUGAGCACGUAGACAAUAUACUAAAUGAAUCUGUUUCAAUUGCACAACUUUUUGAGCUGGCAUACAAUUCCAUUAUAAACAACAGUUAUAGUUGUCUGAAGAGUAUAGUAACACAUCCACAGUUUGAUUUGUACAAACCUUUUGAAGCUGAUGGAUUUAAUCUGCCAAUUUUGCACCAUGCAAUCCGCCUGAAGAAUCUUCUUGCAUGCGAACUUUUAUUUGAAGUUGGUGCAAAUCCAUUGGUUUGUAAUGGUCAUUGCUGUGAAAAGAAUAGCAAGGAUGUAACAUGUGAAGAUGCUGUACAGCUCGCUUUUAAUUUUGCCUCGAGUUCAGAUUGUCAAAAUGCUGUAGCACUUUUAGUUCAAACAUACCUGCAUGCACUAAUUACAAAUAUUGUAAAGGCUUGUGAAAAUGGUGACAUCGAUUCGCUGGAACAAUUAUUACCAUCAAAUUUACGUAUUCAUUGUACUCUAAGACUGCUUGUUAGUAGAGAAUUUCAGGAGAAUACUCUCCCCGGAGGACACAAUCAUCUAAUCUACAGUCCUUAUCCAGUAAUAAUAAUAAUACUAAGCAAGAUAAACAUUCCUCUCACCCACCAAUUAUUACCUUGA